GACCGUUAUUAUGCUACACUCUCUAACCCUCAUUGCUGCUCUGUUCAUCGGCAGCUGUGCUCAUGAUGAAGCUGAUCUGUCGUUGGCUAUAUCAAAUGACGUUCCGUAUAACAGCAUGGAGAAUUACAAGAGCUUAACAGCAUUGGGUGAUCCGUCAUUGUAUGAACGCCCCGUUGGUUCGUGUACAGUUAGCGGAGGCGUGCUUCAUGAUUGCCGUUGCAGCACGAGAGCCGAAGUAGCUAUCGUCGGCUUAAAUGGCACGAACGUGGUGGUAUUCGUCUGUGGGCUAACAUGCGGUAGAAGAAUUUUAAGAGAAGCUGAUGGCGUGGGAGCUCUAGGAGGACAUCAUGGAGGAGUUUGCCACUCCUCCUCACUUGGCCCGACUGCAUGUCGAUCAGGGCGUUGCUGCGUUACGCCCAACCCCAAAUGUCUACCUCCUAUGCUCGCCGUCGCCAUGGGGGAAUACGGCACUAUAUGCAUGUAUAAGAAGUGAAGAUCACCUCGAACACCAUCUUCGGGUGUUACCAUCUUCAAGUGACGCCCUUUUUUACGAUGUGAUCUGUCAAUCCAUUUUUACAAUACACAAUCACUCUGUGUGCUGCACGACAUGGAUAUCCACUCAGUUUUUCAGCCCUCAUAGGCUUCAAAUGGGGAUAAACUAUCUCUUUUUUUGUACGCGAGAUUGUCCCAUUUGUUGAGGAAAGAUAGAGACAAGUUAUGUCUGUGCUGCAUCCGAUCUACGACUUUGAUAUGUAUAACCUAUUACGCAAUUCCUAUUAUCUAAGUUAAUGCUUCGAAUAUUCUGAGUAGCUUAGGAGUACGUACUUGGGUUUCAAUCUCCGA